GGGAACACACACACACACACACACACACACACCCACACACCCCAUACUGAGCACAGCAGUCUUGACUUCAUUAACUGCAUGAACAUGGCGAGAGGACGGACAGUGAGAGUGGAAUGUGAGGGAGUGAGUGUGAUUCUGAUGAUGCUCCUCGCUGCUCUCCACCACACGGUGAAAGCGGAGGUGAGGAAGUUGGACAUGGCUCCUGAUGCAGUAGACGACGAUUUCUCGCAGUGUCGAGAGAAAAUGCUGAAGGCUGUUACUGAACCAGGCGGCCUGCUGCAGAAGGAGCUCAAGGCUAAUAAAGAGUUUGAGGAGCUGUGGAGUAAACACAGUGGAGAGUGCAAGAAGAACAUUCCUGGUGGAACAUCUUAUCACAUCGAUGCUCUACAGGCGUAUGGAAAUUCUAGGACUAAAUUUAGAAAAACUUUCAACAGUUUGGUUUAUAGCAAAGGCAGCAACAGCACGACCUACAGAGACGAAUUUCCCUUCAAGUCUCUUCACUUCCUCCUAACAGACUUCCUGCGUCUGCUGAAGCGUACAAACACCAGUACGACCGUGUACUACGCCACCAGUAACACCUACACAGCAGAUACGGGGACCGAGGUCCGAUUCGGAAAGUUCAUCAGAGCCGGAACCUCUCAGAGCACUGAAAUUGAAGCGCUGUACGAUGGAGGCACCGUGUUUAUCAUCAGUUCCUGUUCUGUGGUUAAUGUUGAAGAGAACAUGUGUAAAUCUGAGGAACUCCAGGCUCUUAUUUCUCCAGCCGAGGUCUUCACAGUGCAGAACGUUAGAGAUGUUAGCACUGAUGAUGCCACAUAUAAAGAAAUCACUUUAACACACUCGCGCUUUCUCAGCAAUCAUACCUGCUCUUUCUUCCACAGGAACGCCGCGGAUGCCGAAUCCUCCACCUCUCUGACUUUUACACUUCUGGCGCUGACGGCCUCCUUGCUGAGUCACUUUACACUGAUGGAGUGACUCACGUGUUCAUCGACACGUUUAUAUCAAUUUAUUACAACAUUUUUAGUAGAGUUCUUUUCUCAUGACAUGUUUCAGUUCUCCUUUUAAUUUGAUCCAUGAUCAGAAGUACCGGGAGCAUUCUCGGGUAAUGACAGACAAAUAAAAAUCAGAUUACAGAAGUGUAAGAUAAUAAGGACCUCAUGUUUUAUUAUUAACACAGAAGUCCUGAGUCGUAGUGAUAACUCAAACGAACUGGUUCAGAUGUUAGAGCAGGGACACAAGAGGUGACGAAUCUCGAAAGGUCUCGAUGCCGGUGUGUCACAGAUUUGGAAAACACUGUUGCCCUGAUGAGUUUAAUACGACUUCAUGAUUACUGGUUUCUUUGACGUGAGUAGACAGGAAAUGUGAGAGAGAAGAAGGAAAGAGGGAAGUAACUGGUGAAGAGUUAUUUGAGUUUGCAUUUAAGGAACCUUAAAACUUUGUACCGCAUAUAAGUUUAUAUAAUAAGUUGAAUAAUAAGUUUCACACACCAGCAGCUCCAGAAAGAAAUGAGUAAAUUAGCUAAAACAGUGACAGGAUCAUUGAAUCAGUGAGUUGAACUCGAGAAUCAAAUCGGUUUGAUUCGUGAGUGAAUCAUUCAGACUGGUUUUAACAACGGGAUUCUCCAAUUCAUUGAAAUGAACCGACUCAAACAAACGAUUCACUCACGAAUCGGGCCUCAUUACAACACUUCUCUCAUAUACUCACUCCAGACAUUUAAAGCACAUUUUUAUGAUUACAUUAAAUUUCGAUCGAUUCCUCACAGAAAGCUGCUGCAAGGCUUCAGAAAGCUGAAUAUAUACAACACUGGACUAGUUUUAUUGUCUCUCAGUGCUGUUCCUUCCUUUUUGAAGCUCAAUGCUCCAUUACUAGUGCUCGAUUGUAAAGAAAAACAGACAUUCUUGGAAAUAUCGUGUUCAAACUUCCAAUGAUAAACAUCGGGGGGGAAACUGAUAGAAUUUAUAUUUGAUGUUAAUUAUAACAGCUUCAUAUGGACUAGCUUCAGAAUCAUAGCACAGAACAGAGAACAUAAAUCACCUUCUUUUCUGAGAAAGUGGGUGACUAGCUGUCUACCCCGUCUUCGCUCUCCUCUUUUUCAUGGUUUUCUUUCUUCUUUUGGAAUCCUGGUUUUGUCUGCUCAUCUCUUUCCAUCUACCUGCUGCAGGUAAAGAAUCACAGGUAAAGGUGAAGUGCCGCGUUUCUGAAUAAUCCACACACACACACACGGCACAGUCUGAGGACAGUCAUUAUAGUCUGCUUCUUAAUAGAUUAUUGUGCAAAGAGGCCAUUUAAACACCAAAAUCAUACAGGAAAGUAUUGGGUUCUGCUGAGCCCACUGUCUGACCAGUACCCUCAGAAUUGUCCUAACCCCCCUUACAGCUCCCCUGUUGUGUGUUUGGUGGUUUGUAAAGAACUGGCAUCACAUCCUGGGUGUAUUUCCACCUGGUGCCCAGUGUUCCAGGGAUAGACUUACUGAAAAUAAACAAAUGACUGAAAUGUGCUGAGUGAAGACCUAUCGGGAUUUUUGGUAUCUAGCAGGUUUAAUUGAACAAAACCUGAUUGCUAAAGACUCAAAAUUUAAACAAAUACAGUCCUAAAAGUAGAUAAAGAGAAUCCAAUUAAACAAAUGAGACAAAAAUAUUACACUUGCUCAUUGAUUUUCCUCAAUAAACAAAUGACCAUCAACAACUCUUUUCCUGAGGUCCUCAGAAAUCUCCUUUGUUCAUGCCAUGAUACACUUCCACAAACAGAGUGUUGUGAAGAUCAUACUCUGAUAGAUCCCUGAUCUUUAAAUAAAACAGAGCACUCACUCAAACACACCUGAUCAUCAUCCCACUGACUGAAAACACCUGACUCUAAUUUCACCUUCAGAUUAACUGCUAAUCCUAGAGGUGCACAUACUUUUGCCGCUCACAGAUCUGUAAUACUGGAACAUUUUCCUCAAUAAAUAAAUGAG